AUGUCGGCAUCAUUGGCGCCCGAGUGUAAUGAAGUCAAGGAGCGUUACGACAGCUGCUUUUUGAAAUGGUAUAGCGAGAAAUACCUCCGUGGCACAGCAACAACAGACGAAUGCGAACCUCUAUUUGCAAAGUACAAACAAUGUCUUGGUCGUGCACUCAAGGAACGAGGCAUUGACAAAAUGCUCGACGAAGCAAGAGCAGAUAACCGCGAGAAUGAUCUCGAGAACAUGAAGCCUUCGAAUUGA